AUGGAUUUCCUAAAGGACGAUCAGAAAUUCGAGGCUCUGGCUAAGGACGUGUUUAAUACCAUGGAUGAAAAUGGUAUAAAUUUUUCUUAUUAAUAAAAAAAGAAAAUGGUUACAUUGAAUUUUCGGAAAUGAAAAGAACCAUUCUGGAAAUGUAUAAGCAAGUGAAUGUUAAGGUAAUCGUAGAAACUAUUGAUAGCAAAUGAAUGACGAAUAGAUUUAGGAUAUAAUAAAUACAUUUGAUUAAGAUGAGAAUUCAAUAUUGAGUUAAGAGGAAUUAGCGAAUUUAUUGCGGAAAGUAUUGGAAAAAAGUGUAUAACUGCAGCAGGAAGAAGGUAUGAUUAAUUGAAAUAAAUUGUAGAGAAAAAAAACAAAAAGAAGGCAGAUAAAAAUGAACGUAUAGAAAUUAGUAUGACAAUUAUUAGCUACUACAUUUCGAUCUAAAAAGGUUACAGUAAAGGACAGAGAAUAGCAAAAAUAAGAGUUAAAAUAAUUAAAGGAGGAACUCAAUAGUUUAAAAAAGUUAGAUAAGAAGUCUUAACAGUUACAAAACUAGAAAUUAGUAAAUUAUUAUGUCAAGUAUUAAUUGAAAUUAAUUGAUCAGUCCAACAGCAAGAGAUGAGGAGGUGAGAGAGCAACAACAGAAGUUUGAUGCUUCCAGUAAGAGUUUAUCAAUUCAAUCGCCGCACAGUUCGAAAUCAAGUAUCAGUCUAAACCCAUUGGUCUUCAAUUAGUAUUUGAGAUAAGGAUUUAUCAAAAAUGCAGGUAAACAUAAAUCACCAUGAGUAGAUGACAUGAUCAAAGCGCAGGAGAGUGCGAAAGCAAAUCAUUUGAUUGGUAUGGCAGUGAAAAGAAGUAGUGCUGGAGAGUGGCAAGGUUUGAUCGACUACUUUAAUGAUUAAACCUAGAAGGAAUUCGAUAGAACACCAAGCAGUCAGCAGUUCCAUAUUAUUGGUAAAAAACUAACGAAAAAUGUUAAAUUCAUAAUGAUUCACAUUUAAAAUUUGACCUAUACAAAUUUUAGAGAUUUGAGAAUCAGUUAAAAAUCUGAGUUAACUAGUGUUGAUAAGCCGGCAUUAUUUUUUUGGGAACUUAACUAUAAUGGCUAGACUUUCUUUAAGAAUUCAGCAAAAGAAUUUCCCAAUUAAUUAAAUGAAUGUUUGGAUACUGUUCUCAUUUACAAUUAUACAAAUCCAAUCUAAGUAAUCUUAUGGAAGAAAUAAGGAAAAGACUCAAUAUAUGUAGGUCAAUUUGAUAUAACAAAUUCAUUAUUCUAAUUGUUAUAAAAAGUGACAGAUUAGUAGGACCAACUAGGCGAAUAAACUAAAUAUAAUUUGAAUCUCCAAAAGAUAAAUAAAUAAUUGAGGAAAUUACAGUCAACUGAAAUAAAACUAUAUAGAAAGAAGCGAAUUUCUUAUUCGAACAAUUCCUAGGAGGAUCCACCUUUAAUUGGUGACAUAAGUGUAAGAUUUUAGAUGUUCGAAAUUUGUGAGUUUGAUGCACCUUUAAGUAAAAUACAUAUGUGAUGUUAGAUUAAUUCUCUUAUACUAAGGGAUCACCUCGAUCUUUGGAAGAAAGAGAAAGAAGAAUGCUAGUGGAAUAGUCCAAGAAUGGUCCUUACAAAUGGCCAGAUGAUUAACAAAACAAAGCUUUGGUUAUAUAGAUUAAUGAUGCAGGCAUUGAAUUGGCAAUUGUCAAUGAGGAGGAUAUACAAUCUUAUUUAGAUGGGCAAUUAGGGGCUCUCAUUAAAGAAACAUUUUACUUUGAUGCUAGUUCAGGAAGUUCAAGAAGGACUUCUCGUGUAAAAAGACCUCCACUUUCAGAAAAUACGAUGGCAUUGUUGAAAUCCUUGGAUGAGAACCCCUUGGUGGUUCAGGUUAAUGCUCUUAGAUAGACUAUUCGUUAAGGCAGAUUACCAAAGAAGGUAUUGGAAGAGGCUCUUUAUCAAUUUGGUUGUUCAGGAUCUCAAUUGCUAAUUGAUCACGUGGAUGAUAUGGGUAUGUGUGAAUACGAUUACUGUAUGGAUGAUGGCUGUUAUGGAGUGAUAAUUGAUACAAUACAAGAUAUGGGAUUUUCGAAUCCAGAGAAUAUAUAAUAGGCUGAUAUGUUUGCUGAGAAGUUGGUAUAGAAUAUAAAGAGUGUCUUAAUGGAAGGAGUUAGAAUUGAACCAUUGUUUGAGUUCUUAAAGAUUGCUGAGAAAAUACCAGAUUUUGGAAUUACUGUCAAUUUGAUGGCUGAUUAAUUCAAGACUGGAAUAGGGUCGAAAGUUGAUGCAGAUGGAAAUGUGCAAAUUGAUCCUGGUUCUUUUAUAUCAUAUUUUGAUAUCAACAGUAGAGACUUCGAUAAGAUGGAAAACUAUGAACACAUCAUGGUUUUAGGCAAAUUAGUAAAGUUAUCUAAAAAGCACUUGGAACCUAAUGAUCCAUUUUUAUAACACAUUCAAUAGAAUUACGAGGAAGCUAAAACCAAAAUCUAUUUCACAGUGCCUGUGUUACCUAAGAAAAAGAAAUUGAGGGAGAAAGCAAAAUUGUUGGUGUUGCAACCAGAUAAUGUUCAUCCAGGGUUAUUUAGUAAUUUGGAUAUCAAUAAAAACACACCUCUUGCCGAUGUCAAAUAGUAAUUCUUAAAGAAAAAGAAGGAAAUAUAAAAUAAUAAAGAAAAUAAGGAUGAAGAACAAGAUCCUGUUAAACUACUUGAGAAACCUUGCUUAUGGAAUGUGUGUCACGAAUUAGUAAGAAGAAAGAGAUGGAACAUGUUCUAUGAUGGUUUCUAAGCUGAACCCUUAUUUUAUUUUCAACAGGGAGGAACAGGGAAUACUCCUCUGAUGGACUUUAUUGAGAAAGGACCUUUUAAUGUCAUCAAUUAGAUGGUCAACCAAUAUCAUCCCAAUAACCCUAAUGAUGAUUUUAAAGACAGUCCCAAACUUGAUCCCUAGAAGAUGUUCGACAUGACUACUCCACAAGGAAAAAGCUUUAUUCAUGCCUUAGCCUUGAAUUAAGACAUCAAUCCAAUAGGAUAGAAAUAAUCUCUGCAAUAUUUGCUAGGUUUAUUGGAACCUCAAAAAUAAGAGGAACUUCUAAUCAGCCCAAUGUGGCCAUACGAUGCAACUCCCCUUGUUCUAUAUUUAACAAAGCUCUCGAGCGUUGUCCCUGCGUAAAUAUUAAUAUUCAUAUUCUAGUUUUACUGAAGAAGAAAUCAAAUCAAUUUAAGAAAUCUUGGGCAUCAUGAAGUAACCAUUAAAGAAGCAAUAUUCUUAGUCUCUCUUCAGAGCCAAAUGCCUCUUUAAAAUUCAUAACAUCGAGAUAGAGGAGGAUGAUGAUUUAAAGGAUUACUAUAUCAAUCACAUACAAGUAUCGAAGGCACUUGCUCUACUUCAACCAGGCAUAUUUGCAUUGGUUUCUCAAGAAAUCGAUUGGAUUUAAUGGUUUUCUUUGAACAUUGAAAAUUAUAAUUCUGUUCAAAACGAAUUGUCGUUUGCCAUUUACAAUCUAGCAAGAUCAGGUAAAAUAGAAUUUCUUGAAUAAUUCCUGGGCAACUUCUAAAAAUAAUAAGGUCUUAUGCCUUGUUAAAUCAAUCCUGAUCCAGAUUUCAUUAUUUCCUCUAAUCAAGACGAAUUCAUUUCAGAUGAUUAUGGUUAGAUUACAAUUUAUGAUAAGGAUAAAAAUAAUUAAAUCAAGAACACUAAGGAGGAAAUGUUAAACGCUUUGGCUUCAUUUUAUGCAAAAUAUCCUUUAGAAAUCUUUAUUGGCAUACAACAAAUCUUGAACGAAACAAAAUUUACAUCUCUCAAAUUAAAUAGAAUCUUAAAAGAAUUAAUCUUGUAAACAAUCAAAAUGGAACCACGAAUUCUGGCUAAAUAAUUUUAUUAGAAUUAGAAAUCACCAUAUGAAGAACUGGUUAAACUAGGAUUUGAAGAAGAACUAUAAAAACUCCUCACUCCUGAACAGGUUCAAGCUUAUCAAGAAUAAAGAAGUGAUUUCGCUAAAAACCUAUGGUAGGAGGGGCUUACAGGAUAAUUAAAAAAUAAAGAAAACCCUCUAAGCCUAGUAUCAGCUUAAGACUAGUAACAAUUCUUUAAAUACACCUCAAAGUUAAUGACUGAAAAAGGAUUGGAUGAUGUUUUAAAGUUCAUAGACAAGUUAAAAUAAGAUAACAUCGAAGGUAGAUAAGACUAUAUAAAGAAGCUUCUCACUUAAAUGGCAAGAUCACUACCUACUAAUUUUUCCAAAUAACAAUAUCCCAAGAUAUUUAAGGCUCUGAGAUAAAAUCAAAAUAAUACAAAAUCAUUAAAUUAAUAAGAGGACAACUUUUAUAAGCGCAAUCCAUAACUAUUAGACAGAAUAAAGGAGGUUAACAAUGUAAAUAGUUACACGAUGAAAUAAGUGCUAAAUGCAGCCCUUAAUUCAAAAAACCAAUUACUAGUUAACAAUUGUUUAAUGUAUUUGUGGAACAAAUCUCCUGAUAAUGUAACAUCUCGUAAUUCAAGUGUUCUCAGACCUUUAUAUUCAAAAUAUGGACAAUAUUACAGAUCCCUAAGUUAUCAUCCGGCUGUUUGUUUAACACAGCAAGAGUUUGAUUAAUACAUGGCUGACACAAAGGAAGCUGCAACCGUAAAAGACUACGACAUAGCUGCAAAGGCCUUAACAAAGUAUGGACUAUCAGAUAGAUUGCCUACAAUCCUUAAAAAGUUAGCAGCAAAUAAACCUGAAUUGGUAUUAAACUUAUUAGAAGACAUUGCAUUAAAUCAGUUGGAAAAACAACUUCUUGCAACACCUGUUCCUCCUUUAAAACCAAAUUCAGAGCAAGUAUAAAAGGUUCAACCUUAAUUUAUCAUCCCAACCAAAAGACAAAUUAUACUAAGUCAAUAUAAUUUAUUUGAUGCAGGAGCCUUGGGUUGCCUCCUAUAAAAUGCUAAGAAAUCCUUGGAGAAAUCAGCUAAUAUGCCUAAAAGUUUGAAUACUUAUAAUCAUAACUUAAAUAAGCAAGCAUUCUAACAAUACUAUUCUUAGAAAUUGAGGCAGAACUUUUUCACUCAAAAUCCUGGAACGAUGUAUAGCAAUUGGAAUGCUCCAAAACCAAAUAUCGAAAAAACAGUUGAAUUAAUAUUGGACGCAUUGAAAGAUAAUUUAGAUAAUUUAUUACAACAAAAACCUGAAUUAAAGGAUAAAUUGGAGAAGAUAUCACUAUUGCCUUUAAUAUUAAGCAAUGUUACCCUAUUUGAUAAAUUGAACAAUAAGGAGAAUAGAAUAUUCACAGCGAUUGAGAAUAUCAUUCUAUAGAAUCUAAAAUAGCAGGCUUCAAAUUUAGAAUUGGUUAGGAUUGACAAAAGGAUGAAGAUGAAUCUCUAAUUUUUGGAAUAAAACUUUUUACCUACUUUAAAGAACGUCAUGGAAUAGGAGAAGAGUAGGUCGUUGAGAAUAUUUAGGGCUUUGGAUUACACUUUAAAAAAGGAAUAGUAGCCAUUGUAAUUGUAAUUUGCAACCGAAGUCAUUCUCAUAAUUGUUAAGAACUUUGUCCCCGAAGAUUUUUCAGGAAUAUUUGAAAACAAUAUUUAAUUUCUAUAUAGUAGAUUUUAAUUCAUAUUUUAGAUGCACUUGCUGUUUCCUUGAUGAGGUCUAAGACAACAGAUUAGAGAGCUUUAGAGUUUAUGGGUUCUUAGUUGAAUAAAUAUGAAUUUUAUGAUUUAGUUCAUAGUUUAGAUUUAGGAGAAAAAAACAGAGAAGAUGAACCAGAACUUUAACGCGAUUAAUAAAUUAAAGCAGGAGAUUAGAAAAAAUCAAACCCAUAGACAAGAAAAUAGCAAAUUUAAGAAGCAAGACUAUUUAGAAAAAUUGAAACUUUGCCAUAAAAAUGUAAAUUUUUUAUUUUUAUGUUUUAGCUGAGAUUGAACCUGCUAUAAGAUUGGUUGUUCCAUCUUAAAAUAAUAUUCCAUACUUCAUCAAAUUGUUGAAAGCCAAAGUUAAACCUUUCUUCAAAAAUUAUGAGAAGGAAAUAUAAUUUGUGAAUGGAGAACCAUUUGCCAUUGCUGAUUUAAAGAGCCUUAAUUUAUUUGAAUAUUUAAUAGUAAAAUGCCAUUACACACUGAUUUCAAGUAAGGAAUUCAUAAAAUUUUUAGAACAUUAUAUCAAUAUAAAUAAACCCAAGAGUCCUUUAAAGGAAGAGUAAAUUAUCAAGUAUUUGUGCUUAGCUUCAAGUAGUGGCAGUUAUACACUUUUCGAUCUUUUAUCAGAAUAAAUUCUCAAUAUGAAGCUCUCAUUACUAUAUAAGGAUUAUGAAAACAAGCCAGAAUUAUAGGUAUAUCUAAAUUUGCCGAUAUUUUAUUAAGUAUUGACGUAUUCUUCUGAAUAAUCGUCAAUAAAGUACUUUGAGAAUUUUAUAGUGGAUGGUGUCGAUUUAAAUUUAUUUUAUAAUUGGAUGAAAUUUAAUGUUAAAGAGAAUGAAUAGAAUAUUUCCAAAUACAACUGCUUCUUACCAAUCAUCACUAAGAAGUAUGGGCUGCUUUUUAGUAAAAUCGUUUAAUUCUUAAGAAAGUUACUCAAAAACGAUAAGGAUUAUUAUGAAGUUCUAUCAGAAAUCAUGAAUAAUACGAAUUUCAGUGAGUCAAGUUAAUAAUUAGAAGCAGAAGAUGGAGGUAGGGAUUAAGAAAUUAACAAUUAGGAAAUUUCAUUAACUUUGUUGGAAUAUUCAAUUUAUUAGGGAUUUCCAGAUUUUUGUAUGAUAUUUGAUAAGAAUAUCAUUUUGGUAAGAAAUCCAUUUGAAGAUAAGGCAGUGUUUGAGUUUUUAUCAAAUUCUUUGAGUAAAUGCUCUUUAGAAUUGAAAUAAGACGAUUAAGUUUUGAUCAAUUAUUGCAAUAAGUACGAGAAAGAGUAAGGAAAUUAUCGAAUUGUGUACUACAAGCUUUACCUUAUGCUUAAAAAGUAUUUUGAAGGAAAUCAAAAGCAGUUAAACUCCUUACAAAUAAGUUUGUUGUUGUUUAAGAUCAUGUUGAUAUUCAAGCCUGAUUUAAACUUUUUAUUAAAUGUAAAUUAAUCGGUCAAGCUAACCGAUGAUAUCCAAGAAAUCCAAAUGAAUAAGUUAUUAGUUGAAUAAUAAUUUUUUUACCUUCAACUUUAUGGAUUUGAUCGAGCUCUGAAAUAUUAAACGGGUAUAAUUGAUUAUGUGAGAAAGUUUCAUCCUAAACUUAAACUCUUUUGGGUUUAAUAAGAAGUGAUUGAUGCUUUUAAAACUUACUUUUAGUUUGAUUAUACAAAAGGACUCAAAACGAUGGAAUAUUAUGAUUAGAACCAACUGAAGGAUUAGUUCGAACAAUUCCUUCCAGAGGUUCUGCUCUAUGUAUACUACAAUCAACCAGAUUUUCUUGAAAGAAAUUCAAAAGAUACUGACCAAGUAGAGCCAUUUAAAUAAUUUAUGAUUUACAAAUACAUGCUGCCCAUCAUUCGUCACUAGUCAACUUAAGAGAUACUACAACCUAUUGAGUAAAAAUAAAUAAAAAAGAAGGAUUUGGAAUAAAUGGUUGAGAAGCAAUAAGAAUUUUACAAUAGAGUUUUGGAAUAGCUGUUAGUUGAAGAUGUAGAGUUGAACUUUUAAAAUGCUGCUAUUUUGGUAAUUUAUAUUUCAACAGGCAAUGACCUGAUUGAUUACGUUGGUGAAAAAGAUACUGCUCCCUUAAAAAUUAUACCCAUCAUUAAUCAUCUUUUAGAAAGAUUUUCAAUUUAGGAUCUAAAUUAAUUUAUACUUUUUAUGAUAUUUUAGAUUAGGAACAAUGACUUGUAUAAUAUAGUAAUGGAGUGGACUCAAUAAUCCAAGGCUGCCAUUAAUAAGGAUAUUUUCAAGGAGAAAUCCUUUAUUCAAGGAAUACUCAAUUUCCUCAAUGCAAGGAGGAAAUCUGAGAAUUUUAACUUUAAUUAUUAGCAAAAUGAUCUAUUGAGACUAUUCUAAUUUGAGUUCGCUAAGACUGACAAAAUGUGCAAGGAUAAAAUCUAUAGAGGGGUAUAAAUAUAUAAUUGAAAUUUAGUUUUGUAUUUUAAGCAUAGUCUUAAAUUUUAUCUCAGAACUUGAGAUAUUUAAGUAACAAAUUGACCCAAAUGAUACAGUUACAAUUAACAUUGAGCUUUUGGAAAAUUCGAAAGCAAAAAACAGUUCUUUGAAGGUGCAAUCAAUCAAGGAGAUUACAGUGGACAAAGAGCUUAUUGGAUUCAAUUAUUAAAUCGAAAUUCCUAUGAUUUAUCAGGAAAAAAACAACAUUUUGAAUCUCUAGAUCAAUCCCAACAUUCUCAAAGAAUAUUAAGAGCUUACAGAAAAGUAAAGGUUCGAGAACAUUUCAAAUAAGUAACUCUAGGAGGAAUUAAGGAACAAACAAUAUAUUAUCAAUUCAUUCCAAGUCUAAAUUGCAAUAAAACCAAAUUAAUUAUAAGCUGAUAGCAUUAAGGUUAUUAAUGAGCAACUUGAAGAGAAGUAUCCAUUUUCAUUUGGAGAUUUGUACAACAAUCUUGUCCACGUUGUCGAUUUAGAUAGAGAAAUAUUCUAUGAAGAUGAAAAUAAUAACAAAAUAGUUUAAAGGAAAAAUCUUACUAUCGAGGAAGAAGUCAACGUUCGAGCUUACUUCGAUGUUAAAUCAUUUCAGUAUGAAAUUACACUGAAUAUUCAGAUCUUAAAAAAAGGCUUAUUCUACUAGAAAUGCAGUAGGGAAACCUAAGUUAAAUAGUUAAUUGUAAUUUUUAUAUUUGAUAUUUUUAAUAGGACGACUACACAAAAAAACAAAGCCAAUUUAAUUAUAUCAAAAAGUUCUUAAGUGUGGAGGGCAAUAACAUUGGAGAGUAUUAGAGUAUGAUGGAAUUAAAUAAGGAGAAAAUCAAUUAGAAAAAAUAAAAAAGCUAACUAAGUGAUUAUGAAAUUGAAGAACUAAAAUAAUUACAAGAAAAAUAUAAGAAAUACCAAGUACCUCCAUAUUUUGUCUAUGAAUUGGAUUGGCCAAUUUAUAUAGAAAAUAAUAAGAUUACUGCAGACGAGUACAAUUUCCCACCUUUGUUAUUCAAGAAAUUGAUAUCAGUCAUAGAUGGAAUAUUCUUUGAAACAGUUCUUGGGGAAAAUGAGAACAGGAAAUCUAGUAUCAAGAAAGUUUUCACUAAAGACCAAAGCUUCCAAAUCAAUUACAUAUCAUUUAUUGAUACACUGGUAUUGUAAUUUGCUAAGAUAUUUGAAUUAAAAUCGAAAACUAGACUGAUGCAACUGAGCGUUGAAGAUGUAGCUUAUCAAGCAUUAGAGUGGCCAUUCCUUAAAUUCAUCAUUAACCUUAUUAAGAAUAAAAUUUAAAAAAGUAAUUUACUUUUUGAAAUGAAGGAGUCUUCUAAGCCUGAAGUAUUAAAUUAUUACUUAUAAAUUAUAGGUAUAAGUCAACUUACCAGGAAUUGACGAGUGUGUUUAAUUAUCCAAAACAACUUACUUUUAUUAUUGUGGAAUGUUUGUAGUAAGGUUGGGAGUAUUUUUCAACAAAAAACUAUUGAAAUUAGAAAAGCCUGAAGACUAAAAUUUAAGAUAUUCUUAAAACUUCUCAUUAGAUUUCAACUUGGAACCUUACAUAAAUUAUAUCGUUAAUGAAACUCAACUAAAAGCAGUCCUAAAAAAAGAAAAUAAUAAUAUUUAAUGAAUGAGAG